UGUUACGGUAUCUUAUCGAGCGAAGGAUACUCACCACCAAAAUAAAUGACUUUCGGUUCACUUCUCUGUAUUCCACAACUAGGAUACCCACCAACAACAAGCCGUCUCCCAUAUCCGUCGAGAUGUCAGAAAAACGUCUAACGUGGUCCGAGUGGUCGAAAAAACACGAGAUACCCCGGAAAGCUCUGCACACCUCAAUUGGUUUCUGCUCAUUAAUACUUCAGAAACUGGGAACUGAGGCUACCGACGUGACGCCAUGGUUGGAGCUUUUUUUCAUUCCCGCGUUUUCCUGUGAUCUGCUUCGUUUCAACUGGCCAGCUUUUAGUCGCCUUUUUAACAAGCUGUUUGGCCCGUUAAUGCGUGAAUCCGAGUUGAAGAACUGGAAUGGUCUUAUCUUUUAUGUUGUGGGUGUUUGGGUGGUACUCAAGCUGUUUCCUAAGGAAAUUGCAGCCAUGAGCAUUUUACUGCUUUCGUGGUGCGAUACUGCUGCUUCUACGUUGGGUAGACGGUUUGGUAAAUAUACGCCGAAGAUUGCUAAAAACAAAAGUCUUGCUGGAAGUAUGGGUGCAUUCUUUUGCGGUACGUUUUGCGCUUAUUUGUACUGGGGUCUUCUCUUUAAGAGUCCUGACAGUCUUGCUGCUCGGUCAUCAAUUCCAUUUCCCCUCUUGUGUGUUAUCAAUGGUCUCAUUGGUGCCUUUGCUGAAGCAAUGGAUAUUUGGGGUCUCGAUGAUAACUUGGUUAUCCCUAUCGUUUCCGGUACAUUGUUAUAUCUGAUUUUGUAGACCAUUCAUCCAAAGCAACAGCCGUAAUGGAGGCUUUUUGUUGAUUAAGAUACUUCCCGUGAGAAAAGCCCGCAAUAACUUGCAUGAUUUGCGCGUGCGUAUACAUAAUCUGGCGGUACCUGUUUCCCUGUUUCUAUUCCCUUGUUCAUUUUCCCAUCUAUACACACAUACACUUUGAUACGCACAUACACUCUCUUUACCGCUUACGCUUUUUAAUAGGAUAUUUGGCACAAUCGAUGUUCAGUCGAGUCCAGAGUUCAUAUGUUUAAAAAACACGCGCAAAAUACGAAAGCCAUAAAGCGCCGAAAAGAUUCAAUGCCUAGGUUGCAUUUCUCUCCAUGCUAAUGCCUUUGUACUUAAUACCAAUCUCAUUCAACAUGUGUAACAAAGACAAGUGAGCCACCUGACGGUAUUGAAACACCCUAAACAGAUUUUUUUAUUGUUCUACAAAAGAAACCAAAGAAGGACAGCAAACAAGUGGUUUUCCCAAAAAGACAAUAACUAGCAGCCAGCUAAGCGCCAUAAGCACGAAACCGAAUGCUUCCAGAAAGCAAACAUAACUAGUAAAGCAAAUUGUUGCGUUUGUACAAAAUAGAAAUAGAUUCGCCAUUGUGAAUACGGCGGAUGGACUGUUGUGCUGGUUAGUAUGGUGUAUUUUGAAAACUUGAAGACAAGCGUACCUCGGCAAACACUGGAGCAACAUCAAUGACAUCAACAUAAUCCUUUUCGGUUUCACCUUGGGGAGCAGAGUUGGUAACAACGAGCUUGUCAAUGCUAGAAUUCUCUAUGCGUUCCAAGGCAUUGUCGGACAAAACGGCAUGUGUGACAAGAGCGUAGAUAGUGCUAGCACCGUGCUCCUUCAAAAGUUCUGCAGCACGAACAAGUGUGGUUCCCGUAUCGACCAAGUCGUCGAUCAGGAUAGCAACUUUAUUACGAACAUCACCAACAAGCAUCAACGAAGUACCGAAAGCAUGAGGACGAUUCUACUGGUUAGAAAGAUAAUGUUUUUGAUAAUAAUGGACAGUAAGUCACAUACCUUAUGAAUAAGGGCAAAAUCCAUCAUCAUACUGUCAGCAAUAGCGGUGGCACGCUUGGCACCACCAGCAUCAGGAGAGACGACUACAGCGUCUUGAUAAUUGGGAAUAUGAAGCGAAAUGUAACGCUCAAGCAAGGGACGACCAUACAAAUUAUCCACAGGGACAUCAAAAAAGCCCUGGAACUGGGCAUCAUGCAAGUCCAUAGUGAUGAUAUGGUCCGCGCCAGAACACAUCAACAGGUCGGCAACCAGCGUACCGGAUUGGGCGAUCCACUCACGGUAUGCAGUAACGGGAGCAGGUGCAGAUUUGGUAAUCGACAAUUGAUUCAUAGCCUGCACGGGGGCUCCAGCACUGGAAUAACGUUGAUCGGGUUGACGGCUGUAGGGAAAGAUUGGAACGACAGCGGUAACUUUUUUAGCUGAAGCAGUCUUGCAAGCAGAAAUCAAAAUGAGCAAUUCCAUGAAAUGAUCGUUCACGUCACCUGCAGCAGGACUGAUGAUAUAAACGUCGCAGCCACGAACAGACUGUUUGACCUUGACAGACGUCUCACCAUUGCUGGAAAUCAGCGUUAGUAAUUGACACGAUCGGAU